AUGACUAGGCAACAACUACAAUAUUUAUUGAAUUUAGUAUGCAGUACAGCACAACCUACGAACGUUACAAGUCGAGAUGCAUGUAUCUCUUGCUUCUCUAGGGUCACAUCUAUGCCAGAGGGACCUCAAGAAUUGAAUGCUCUAAGUGUUUGUGCUGUCCAAUAUUUUGCGAAUACGUCGUAUGCUGGAUGCGCUGCGGCCCUUAUGGCCUUAUCAACAUCAGCUCUCAACGUACAACCCUCAGGAUGCUAUAUGGGAUAUUGCGAUUUUGUUCGUUGCUUGAGGAGAACUAAUUCAGUUAACCUGAUAACUCAAUGUACGAGAGAAGCUAGAACCGGUGUAAAUAUAACUCUAGACAAUGACAAUGUACGGUUUUAUACAAAUGUCACAUCUUGCAUAUUAGCGAAAACUAGAUGUGGUCCUUUUAACCCCAUAACGGGAGAGCCUCAAACCCCAGGUUACACGUCGACCGGAAUGAGAGUCAGCAAUUCACUUCAGUUUUCAGAUAAUGGUGAACUAAGAAUAUUGGCAUUUUCUGCAGCUACACCCGUAUCGUCAUCUUUUUGCUCUGCAAUGAAUAAUUUAACCCAAACAAAUUGGCUGACAAACGUAUGUUAAGCAAUUUUAUUCGUGCAAGAUUAUUUAGUACAUGGCUCUUUUUCCUUGCCUAUAUUUGGUCCUCUAAAAAUAUAACUAGUAUUUAGUACGGCAAAUGGCAA